AAAUAAAUCCCACUCCCUCCCUCCUUCCCUCUAAAACCCACGAACACUAAACCCCAGGAACUAAAAACAUGCUUCCCUCUCUCUUUCUGCUGCUGCUUCUUGCAACCACCGCAGCCAAAACCAUCUCUUACCCUGCUUUCCAACUCUUCAACGUCAAAGAAGCACUUAUACUUACACAAACACGAACACAAACCUCCCAAUAUCAACAGCUAUUCAUCAACCAGAAUGACUCCCAAUCCCAAGGGAUAUGGAAGCUUAAACUUGUCCAUAGAGACAGAAUAAUUACUUCCAGCAACUCGCUUCACAAUCACACCCACCUUUUUCAUGCACGCAUAAACAGAGACAUCAAGAGGGUGGCUAGCCUCAUCCGUCGCCUUUCAUCCCCCGCUGCCACUUACCAGGUCAACGACUUUGGGGCGGAGGUGGUUUCCGGCAUGAAUCAAGGUAGCGGAGAAUAUUUUGUUAGAAUUGGCGUUGGUAGCCCGCCACGAGACCAAUACGUGGUUAUUGAUUCGGGUAGUGAUAUUGUUUGGGUCCAAUGUCAACCUUGCACCCAAUGCUACCACCAAACCGACCCGGUAUUCGACCCGGCCAACUCCGCAUCCUUCAUAGGCGUGUCCUGUAGCUCCGCCGUUUGCGACCGGGUUGAGAACGCGGAUUGCCAUGCGGGUCGAUGUCGGUACGAGGUGAUGUAUGGCGAUGGGUCGUACACCAAGGGGACACUUGCCCUUGAAACACUUACAUUCGGGCGGGCUGUAGUCCGAAACGUUGCUAUUGGAUGCGGGCACAGGAACCGCGGCAUGUUUGUUGGGGCGGCCGGACUGUUAGGCCUGGGAGGGGGAACCAUGUCACUUGUGGGUCAAUUGGGUGGUCAAACAGGGGGUACAUUCAGUUAUUGUUUAGUGAGUCGGGGGACCGAUUCAACCGGGUCAUUGGAAUUCGGGCGUGGAGCAAUGCCAGUGGGUGCUGCUUGGAUUCCUUUGAUCCGAAACCCACGUGCUUCGAGCUUUUAUUAUAUCGGGCUGUCGGGUCUUGGAGUAGGAGGAGAGAAGGUGGACAUAUCCGAAGAUGUUUUCCAGUUGAAUGAAAUGGGGAAUGGAGGCGUUGUGAUGGACACUGGGACUGCUGUGACAAGGCUCCCCACGGUGGCUUAUGAGGCAUUCCGAGAUGCAUUUAUAGGUCAGACCGGAAACCUGCCUCGGGCAUCCGGAGUAUCCAUAUUCGAUACAUGCUACAACCUAUUUGGGUUUGUAUCGGUUCGGGUGCCAACAGUGUCGUUCUACUUUACAGGGGGGCCAAUCCUGACACUACCAGCAAGGAACUUUCUGAUACCAGUGGAUGACGUGGGGACAUUUUGUUUUGCAUUUGCACCUUCUCCUUCAGGACUUUCCAUCAUAGGGAACAUACAACAAGAGGGUAUUCAGAUUUCUUUUGACGGGGCAAGUGGGUUUGUGGGAUUUGGUCCUAAUGUUUGCUAAGUAUCUGUAAUUAUUCUUAUCAUUAUCAUUAUGUAAAGGAAAUUUUGUCAGUCCUUUCAGUCUAUUGUUAUUACUAGUAUAUACUAUAUUCAUUAGAACGUGGCCUUUUGUUUGCAGAUUAGCUAUCUUGUGUGAAACUAAAGUGAUGCUUUCGAAUAAAAAAAAUGGAUUC